AUGGAGGACCUGGCGGAGACGCGGCGCCGCGUGCGUGCCCUGAACCGCCCCGCGCCCGGGGAGGUGUCGCUGAGCAAGCGCGCACGGAAGCUGGCGGGCGUGGCCGUGGGCGCGGUGCGCGCGACGGCCGUCUUCGUCCUCUCCGUCCCCUCCCGCCUGGCGGCCUUCGCCGCGCUGCCCGGCGAGGAGAAGCGCGCCGCCGCGCUGCGCGGCUGGCAGGUGGUCAAGCGCGAGGCCAAGCACUACUGGAUCGGGACCAAGCUGCUGGGCGCCGACGUGCGCAUCGCCAGCCGGCUGUGCCUGCGCGUGCUGCGCGGGCGCACGCUCACGCGGCGCGAGCGCACCCAGCUAACGCGCACCACCGCCGACAUCUUCCGCCUCGUCCCCAUGCUCGUCUUCGUGGUGGUGCCCUUCAUGGAGCUGCUGCUGCCGGUGGCGCUGCGCCUCUUCCCAAACAUGCUGCCCUCCACCUUCGAGGACAAGCUGAAGAAGGAGGAGGAGCUCAAGCGCUCCAUCACCGCGCGCCUGGAGAUCGCGCGCUUCCUCCAGGACACCGUCAGCGAGAUGGCCGAGGCCGAGAUGGAGCGCGGCGGGACCGAGGAGGUGCGCACCUCCGCCGCCGACCUGUACCAGUUCAUGCAGAAGGUGCGCGCGGGCGCGCCCGUGUCCACCGCCGAGCUCCUGCGCUUCGCCAAGCUCUUCAAUGACGAGCUCACCCUGGACAACCUGGUCAGGGUCCAGCUGGUGAGCCUGUGCCGCUUCGUGGGCAUCACACCCUAUGGCACCGACGCCUUCCUGCGCACGCGCCUGCGGCGCCACCUGCAGCAGAUCAAGGCGGACGACCGCGACAUCCAGGCGGAGGGCCUGGCCUCGCUGUCGGAGGACGAGCUGCGCGGGGCGUGCCGCGCGCGCGGCAUGCGCGCGCCCUUUGGUGAGGGCGCCGCCGACUUCAUGCGCGCGCAGCUGGCGGAGUGGCUGGACUGGAGCCUGAACCGCAGCCUGCCCAGCUCCCUGCUCCUCCUCUCCCGCGCCUUCACCGUGACCAGCCCGCUGUCCGGCGGCCGGCGCGGCGUGGACGAGGACAUGCUGCGCAGCACGCUGGGCAGCCUGCCCGACGAGGUGGUGGAGGACGUGGAGCUGUUUGCCACGCGCGACGGCGACGACAAGACCGAGGCCUACGAGCGCAAGCUGGAGCUGCUGGAGCGGGAGGAGGAGAUGAUCAAAGAGGAGGAGGAGGCGGCGGUGGCCGCUGAGACGCCCAUCACCUCCGGCGCACAGACUGCGCAGGAGCUGACCGCCGCCGUGGCCGCCGCGGCCGUCGUGCGCGAGGCCGCCGCCUCGGCCAUGGUGGACGUGCUGGAGGGGGUGAGCGAGGAGGAGAAGGCCGCCAAGUACGCGGAGGCCCGCAGGAGCAAGAUGCGCAAAGUGGUCAACGCCCUGGCGGCCCUGGCCUCCAGCUCCGGCGUCGCGGGGGAGCGCACGGCCUUCAUGGAGCUGGUGGAGAAGGAGAUCGGGCGGCUGGAGUCCAACCUGACCAAGCGCGGCGGUGGCAUGGUCUUCACACGCGGCGCCCUGGCCUCCAGCCGCCAGGCCGCGCUGGAGGGCAUGGUGGGCGAGUCGCGCCUGGCGGACAAGGUGGCGAGCAUCCUGGGCCGCGUGGAGGCGGAGCUGGACGCCGCCGACGCGCACAUCGGCAAUCGCCUGCACGUCCUCGACCUGGACCAGGACGGCGUGAUCUCGGUGGAGGAGCUGCAGACGGCGCUCAGCUUCCUGCGGGAGCAGGUGGGGGAGGAGGAACUGAGGCACAUGCUCCAGGUCCUGUCGCGCGAGGCCGGCACCGACGGCGCCAUCGACGUGAACAAGUUGAUGGAGAUGGCCAAGCGCGAAGAUGACGAGGACGACGACAAGUAG